AUGGCUACAACUAUUGCAUCGACUUCUCAACCAGAUUUCACCGCUGUCCCAGCAGACUCCGAGUUCGCCUCGGAACCGACGACCUCUUCAGAGCCGCUAGGGCUCCUUCUCGCUGAGACACCUGAAGAAAACUGGAUCAAACUCAAGUUUACUCACUCGGGAAAAGAAUAUACGGUUGACUUGGCCGACUCAGAUCGCGUGUUUGAUCUCAAGGCGUUGCUUGACAAACUCACCACAGUCCCUCCAGAGCGACAGAAGAUCAUCGGGCUCGUAAAGGGAAAACUCCCGCCGGACCAAGCAACGAUACGGGAUCUCAACCUGACGAACGGUAAAAAAUUUAGCCUGAUCGGUACACCACAGGGUCACGAGCACAAGGAUCCCUCGCAGCUCGAUCUCCCCGACGUCUUUAAUGAUCUGGAUAUCGACUUUUCGGCUGAUCCCAACUCAGAAGCCGUCAGGAAAUUCAAGAACGAUGCGAGAAACAAGCGUAAGAUCCGCGAGGCUGUCGCAGCGCUCAAUGUCAACCUCAUGAACCCGCUCCGCGAAGGAAAGAAGCUGCUCGUUCUCGACCUCGACUAUACAAUCUUGGACACGAAGCCUCUUACUUCUGGCGCCCUGCCACCGUCUGAAUGCGCAAGACCUGGUCUUCAUCGAUUUCUCGAGGCCAUCUAUCCCUACUACGACAUCUGUAUCUGGAGUCAAACGAGCUGGGUGUGGCUAGAGACAAAGCUUUCAGAAUUGGGAAUGGUCGGUGCUGACCAAAACUACAAGAUUGCAUUUGUACUCGAUAAGAAACCAAUGUUCACCGUAUUCUCCAAGAGGGAUGGUAAAGACUUUACCCAUCAAGUCAAGGCGCUCAAGAUUAUCUGGACAUUGUUCCCCCAAUACUCUGAGCACAAUACAAUUCAUGUGGACGAUUUGGGUCGUAACUUUGCUCUAAAUCCAAACGAAGGACUCAAGAUUUCACCAUACCGAAACGCACAUACACUGAGUGCAGGUGAAGAUCGCGAGUUGGACUAUUUGUCCAUCUACCUAGUUCACAUCGCCAAUGCAGCACCAAGCUUUACCGCUUUUCGGCACAAGGAUUGGAAAAAGAUUGUCGCUCUAAUCAACAGGCCGUGA